UAAGGUUGUGUGUGAGAUCUCUGGGAACAAUCGUGAGCAGAAUGCAUAGACACAUGACUAGAGAGUCCUUCCUCAUCCUCUUCCUCAUCAUCAGCCUGAUGUGGCCCAUACAUUCAGAGAUCUCCAACUGCGUCAUCAAACGUGAGGAGGAGAGAUGCUUGGAGCGAAUCGUCCUGCACGACACAAAAGAUGACGAAAAGUUUGAGUGUCCGUGGGAGUGGGAUGAUCUGACCUGCUGGCAGGCUGCCAGUGUCGGUGAGGUCGUGAAGGUCAACUGUCCCGAGCUCUUCGAGUUUAUGAGUCCAGACGAGGGGCUCGGCAAGAUCAGCAGAAACUGUACAGAGUUCGGUUGGUCUGAACCGUAUCCGCUUUAUGUUGAUGCCUGUAUGAUUGGUGACAACACAACCAAGCCUGACAUGUACUACGCGUCUGUGAAGGCUCUCUACACGGUGGGCUACAGCACAUCUCUGGUGUCUCUGACCGCAGCUAUGGUCAUUCUGUGCCGCUUCAGGAAGCUUCACUGUACCAGGAAUUUCAUCCACAUGAACCUGUUUGUGUCCUUCAUCCUGAGAGCCAUCUCUGUGUUCAUUAAAGAUGGGGUCCUGUACGCAGAGGAGGACAGUGACCACUGCUUUGUUCAUACUGUGGGGUGCAAGGCAGUGAUGGUCUUCUUCCACUACUGUGUGAUGUCAAACUACUUCUGGCUCUUCAUCGAAGGUCUCUAUCUCUUCACACUCCUGGUGGAAACCUUCUUUCCUGAGAGACGCUACUUCUACUGGUACACUAUCAUCGGCUGGGGAACGCCCACCAUUUGUGUGACCAUAUGGGCCGUUCUGCGCCUUCACUUUGAUGAUUCUGGUUGCUGGGACAUGAAUGAUAAUACUGCCCUCUGGUGGGUGAUCAAGGGACCCGUUGUGGCAUCAAUCAUGAUUAAUUUUGUCCUCUUCAUUGGAAUCAUCAUAAUCCUGGUGCAGAAGCUGCAGUCUCCAGACAUUGGCGGGAACGAGUCCAGCAUCUACCUCAGCUGUGCACAGAAAUGCUUCCGUGAGCCCACACAGGCCGCCCAGCAUUCGUGCAGGAUGUCAGAGCUUUCUACCAUCACGCUGCGUCUGGCGCGCUCCACCCUGCUCCUCAUCCCUCUGUUUGGAAUCCACUACACUGUUUUCGCUUUCUCCCCGGAGGAUUUCAGCAAGCGGGAGCGACUGGUCUUUGAGCUGGGCCUAGGCUCCUUCCAGGGGUUUGUGGUGGCCGUGCUGUACUGCUUUCUGAAUGGAGAGUUUCUCCCUAAAGGUGCAGUCGGAGAUAAAGAGGAAAUGGAGGAGUUGGACGGUGAACAGGUACUUUGCUGUGGACCUGAAGCAGCAGCGUCAUCCUUCGCUAGCGAGCAGUGGGGUGAACGGGGGGACGCAGCUGUCCAUCCUCAGCAAGAGCAGCUCACAGAUACGCAUGUCCAGCCCUCUGGCCGAGACGGUCAACCUCAACCUGCCCACCUGAGCGCCUGAUUGACCAGUCCGUCCAUAAGCCCCGCCCUCCAACUCACCUUCUUCACCUGCAGUAGGGCCGACCAAUCACAAUUAGAGAAGAACUAGUGAUUAUUCGUGAAAUCUCUGGAUAGUAUUUAAAGAUUCCAAACAAGAUCUAGAACGUAUCACCCAUUAUCGGUUAGAAACUAUUUGUCCAGGGAAAUAUUUAUAGUGAGCUUAAAAGUUGCUAUUCAGGUUAGGAACCAUAACGCAACUUUUUGAAGGCUUUCUAAUUAAUCUAAUGAGUAAACAACAAUACAAGCAUAAAAGAAUGUUAUUUUUAAUCAAUAAUAAUGCAGAACAGGGGCUGUAUGAUUCACACCGCAAUGCCAAAAUGAGAUCACGGCGAAAAUUAGAGUGAAUUUUCAUAUCGCAUUAAUAUGAGCCAUAGAGAAUGUGAACGGUUGGUGGUUAGAAUGUAGUCAGAGAAACAUCAAUCUAUUAAUUUCUGUUAAACCAACUGCACAUUGCUUUCUAGUUUAAGUGUAAAUCAGUUAUCAGAGAGAGACGGGUUACAUUUUAGUGUUAUGAUAAAAUAUAAUAACAUAAAGUGCCAAAACAUGAAUAUUUAAGUAUUGUUUUAUCUGCAAGCUACUGUGUUUAUCAGAAGUACACUAUAAAAGAAAAUGCACAGACUUCGUGUUGCUCGUUUAAAUGCUGUGUAUUUGAUUAAAUGUUCUCCACCGAGAGAUUGUAAAACAUAUUUUUUUACAAUCAGCCGUAAGUACAGAGUAUGUCAACAAUAUAAAGACUUAUGAAUGACUCAUGAAUUUAGAUUAUAUGUAAAUGUUGUUAUGGGUUUGUGAUUUAGCUUUUGGCCAGCGUUUUCUUAUUGUCAUGCGAAUGAUUUAUAACUACACAGAGCCAAUAUCAGCAAAUCAGGGAUUGUCAAAAAACAGUUCUGUAAACAAUUACCGGUCCAAUGAAGCUAUUCCACAGUUCCCUCUGAUUUAUUCUGAAGUGCCUGAUGGUCACAAAAAAGCUUUGAUGGAUCUACUCUAAACAGCCAGUGCCAUGCAGUAUUGAUUGAAUUAUUAGUCAUUCAGUAGUGUAGAUUGCUUUACAAUCUCUACAUAGUAGGGUUAUAUUCAUUUAUACACCGUAUUAGAGUGCAUAUAGACAUUUCCAGAGCUUUGAGAUGCGCAAAUCAAUGCCAUUAUGUUACUAUCAGGUGCAUUAUAAAUGCUUUUAGAGCUGACAUGUUCAACUGUGGGAGAAAAGAGACAUUUGAGUGAGAUGUUAAAGGGAUAUUUCACCCCAAAAUGUUGAUUCUGUCAUCAUGUCCCACCAAACCUGACUUUUUAAAUGUUUGUACUCUUACAAAGAAAACAUACAGUAUGUCAAGCUCCAAAUUGGCAAAAAGCAUCAUUUUAGUACCAUAAUCAUAUGAAUGACUUUUAUGCUGCUUUUUUUGUCCUUAUUUAGAGCUGGACAACCUGUGAUCACUAUAUUUUGUAUGGUAACAAGGAACGUAUAACAUACAGGUUUGAAAGGACAUGGGGAUGAGUGAAUGAUGACAGAUUUUAAUUUAUUUUUUGAGUGAAUUUUUAAUAGCCUACAGGUAACCCCCACCCCUUUACAAGAACAAUAUCUGAUGUCAAUCUAUGAAUCCAACCAAAUUUACUGUAUCAUCACUGACUGACAAUCAUAAUUAGUUAUUAUCACUCACAUUUUAGUCUACAUGUUUGAUCGCGAGAAUAACGUGCAUCAGUGUACUAAGUGGCAGCAGUCUGUGCUAAAGGUGUUGUUUAUUUCCAGUACAGUAGCCAUUAUUCUCUGCAGUGAGUGUUAAUUCUCUGUAUACGUUAAAGACGCACAUGUGCCAGUAAAUGAUGGAUGUACCAGCACUCUCUCUUUAGUCAACACUUGCGGUCAUAAAGUACCAACGAUGUAUGUAAAACUUCUGUGAUUAUAAACGUGCCAAUUUUGAAAUGCAAUAUGCUUUUGUUGCAGCUCAUAGUUGUCGGUGAAUCACACUGCGGAGUUGAGGUGAUUAUUGAAAUGUACAGUAAAGUGAUGGUCGUCUCGAUCGCGCAGAUCUUUUCAAAAUGUGGAAAAUGUAUACGUUUUUCCUUGGUUGUUAUUUUAAAGCUGAAGUGUGUAAUUUGCGUGCUUCUAAUCAUCAGCAAACGAAAAUGCAUAAAUAAUGACAGAUUUCGAACGCUCCUCAUCUCUCAUUGGCCGGAUAAAUAUAGCCCCGCCCCUCGCGAAAUAAAGAACUUAGAGACAGAUUGCGCUUUUCUUUAAAAAAAAAUAGUAUUUAUGAUGUAAAAUACGUUCUGUACUUAAUAUGCAGAGACAACUAUAAAGUCAUUUGU